GCAACAAGGGGGUUGGGCUCAAUGCUGGGAAUUCACGUCAUUUCGCCGUUUACACAUCCAAGUCAAUGAGCAGCACCACGGAGAUGUCCGCCUUUUAGUCCAGUCUUCCAGGAAGAGAAUUAACCAACGCGUCGCCGAAAUGUAGAGCACAGCAACAACAGAAAACAAAGAACUUUCACGCGUUUAUGAUGAACAUGGUAAUAUAAUGGAUUGAUAACAAACCUUAAACGUAUUUAUUACGUGGCCCGUAACCCUCCAAGUCAGGGAGUCGGGUGUGGGUGUUUUUUCUGGUUUAUUUCAAAGAGGAGAACGGGAAAAGGAAAGUGGGAAGAGGAGAACUUCCUGAAUUUAGCGAGACAUGUCAGAAUCCCCAUCGCAGAUCAUAACCAAGCAGGAGAGGAGCUCAUUCAGUCCUUCCUCCGUGAGCCCCCUGCCAAACUCCACUUCCUCCCCCGUCCAUGCUCCCACAGCCAGGCCAGCCAGCCGAAUGGAGGACGAGCCUGCCAGGCUGCCCGUGCACCUGCGCCUGCAGCCGGUGUUCUGGAGCAGGGAGGACGUGGGCCAGUGGUUGCGCUGGGCCGAGAGGGAGUUUGCCCUGCGGCCCAACACCAGUGGCAGCUUCCAGAUGAACGGCAAGGCCCUGCUCCUCCUCACCAAGGAGGACUUCCGCUACCGGUCGCCCCACUCCGGGGACGUCCUGUACGAGCUGCUGCAGCACAUCCUGAAGCAGAGGAAGCCGCACGCCUCCUACCCCUCCGCCUACUUCCCCGGCAACUCCUUCCACCCUCUGCCAGAGGGAGCUCUCCAGCACCACAAACUGGAAGAAACGGUACGGCGAACACCACGUGGUACAGAGCCCCAACCCCAGCACCCACCCACCAUUGAGCUCCGACAUCGCUCCCGCUCGCCUCCCCGCCUCUCCCCCCUGGACCCCAACUACCCACGCCCUGGUGCCGAGGACCACCUCCAGACGUCCUCCCAGCUGCCCGACAGCAACCACCACCUGCCCGAGGACUUGUACACUCUGUCGGUGUCCCCGGCUGCCCCUAACGGCCGCUGUGCCACGCCCCGCGAAGCCCCCUGCCCAGGCAGCCCCGGGUGCCAGGACGCUGCCCCCCCUCGUGUCAUCCAACUCAUGCCCAGCGCCAUCAUGCACCCCCUGCUGCUUAGCCCAGGGAGAGGAGGUGUCGCUGGAGACUUCAGGCACGGUCGUGGGGGGCCACCACUUCAGGCCCCCCAUGAAAAUGGGCGUGAGGGGAAGGGCCACAUCCAGCUGGCACUGGCCCACCACCAGCAGCACGCUCUACAUCAGCAGGAGGAGGCGCUCUACAGGAACCACCACGUCAUUGUGCCCGUCUCGCCACCAGAGGAACAGGCAAUGCCCAUUGGACGGAUAGCAGACUGCAGGCUGCUGUGGGACUACGUCUACCAGCUCCUCUCAGACAGCCGGUACGAGAACUACAUCCGCUGGGAGGACACAGAGACCAAAGUCUUCCGCAUCAUGGACCCCAACGGCCUGGCUCGCCUGUGGGGGAACCACAAGAACAGGACCAAUAUGACGUAUGAGAAGAUGUCACGAGCACUGAGACACUACUAUAAACUGAACAUUAUCAGGAAAGAGCCAGGACAGAGACUCUUAUUCAGGUUCAUGAAAACCCCAGAUGAGAUUAUGAGUGGACAAACUGACAGGCUGGAGCACAUAGAGUCGGACACAGACGAUCAAAUCUACAUCAAAGAGGAAUGCUGAGGCCUCUGGGAAAUGGAGUCCACUAAAGCGAUGAACUACUACAGCCGCUGAUGCCUUUCAGAAAGCUGCUCGAACAAUCGUUUCAAACCAAGAGCGCCCGGACAUUCACUCUAUCCAAAACUCAGAGGAACUUGAUGGUGACGUCUCUAGAUUGCCUUUUAAAACUUUAUAAGAUUUUCUUUCCAGACAAAUCUUAUCAGUUGUUUUCUGUCUUAAUGCAAGGAGUUCAAAGGACCUGGUGAAAAGUAUAUCUCAUAAGACAUUCCUUUUCCCUGAACUGCCACAGCAAAUCAAUCAUUUCAUGCUUGUCAUGUCAUACAUUGUUGAUUUUUCUUCCCCAUGUGUGCAUUAACUAUAAGAAAAUGUUGCAAUUUGUGCAACUAAUGGGAGGGGGUGUGUAGCUGGAACGUUUUCACCACAGAAUAAAUCUUUUUGAUCAA